AUGCCUCAUCCAUCGCCAAAGAACACGGAUAAAUCGGGUUCAGUAUUGUGUCGGCAAAAUGCUGGUGCGCAGAUUGAUCGUAUUGGAACACUGCUGCUUGAAAAGAAAAGCCUUGAAAUGAAACGACCAGGUGCGGGUGAUGAAGGCGUCUGCAAUUUCAACGUUUCACCGAAUUCGAAACGUCAAAAAGGAAUCGACGAAUCAACGCUUGCAUUGUUUUCGGCGCAGGAUGAUCAGAACAGUCUCGGAACGAGAGAAAAUUCUCCGUCAGUGGUGGAUACAACGGAUAAUAAUGAGGCCAAACAGAGCGGUUCGGCAGCAGAUGCAGCAACAUCCGGUUUUAACGACUCAACUGGAGAUGACUGCAGCGAAGAUUUCGCUGGUUCCAGCCAAGGAAAAAUACGAAAUUUUUCUUAUACGUUUUAA